UUCGCCUUUUCUCUAGGUGAGACUGCUUCCUCUCCAGCUCAAGGCAGUCCUUUCAGAAGAGCAGGAAUCCUUUUUGUGUUCUUGGGAGUCGUCAUGUUCUGGUCCUCAGUCUCGAAGAGCCUCCUUGCUGUCUGUGUUGUCACGGAGUUUGCUGUGAUCUUUGUGGAGAGUUUCUCGUGUGAAAACUCUAUGUGCACAAAGGGACUCUGUCAGCCCACGGGUACAUGCAAUACCUCUAAAAGCUGCUUCAGCCAAACACAGGAAUUUAAAAUGCCAGAGCUGCCCACAAGCCUAAGUGUCCAGCAGAAAGGCUGUUCUCUAGAUGAAUGUACUGGACUGGCAUUCUCGGCGACACUGGGGGACCAACGGACAUUUAGAUAUGACCAGCGAUGCUGUACUACUGAUAAGUGCAACCAACUGGACACGAAACCAUCUCAGGUGCCUGCAAAAGCCAAUGGUGUUCAGUGUCUUGCCUGCUAUAUGGAGGCAGGCAGGGUGUGUAUUCCAACUCCCCUGAAGUGCACGGGGAGCGAGACAAAGUGUGUUGCAGUUAUAGGCACAGCUGCUGGAAGCAGUAGUCCCCUUUCGGUAGUGAUGGUUGGAUCCGGCUGUGCGACAGAAAGCGCCUGCAACCUGAAUAUGACCGUUUUGGACUUUGUAAAUAUCCGCACCUUCUGCUCCAGUGGGUUCCCUGUACUUCCAACCCCGUCAGUUCCGGACAGCAUGGGCCUUCGACCUGCACCCAUCUCAACAGUGCCAGUUCUGAUUAGUCUCCUCUUGCUGAAAGUCUUGGUUUGAUCUUCCAGGCUCAGGCCAUCCCACAGUCCUACACACACACUUGGAGGGCUCCCUUCAGUGAGAAUCAAAAGUCAGUGUGACUUCUUGAUGGUUUUGUAUUUCAGCAUUAAAAACUCCAAUCCA